GUGGCUCCUCCUCCAUCUCGCCUGAGCUCGGCCCGGUGCGGACCGGCGAGGGAUCGCCUUUGUGCGGGCUCCGGGGAUCCGCGACGGCCGCUCGCGUCCGGCUCCAUUGUUUCGCUUCUGUGCCUCUUCCGGGCAAGCGUUGGCUGUGCGCGGGGCCCGCACGUGUCACACGGCGGCUGGAGCCGGGGACCCGCGGGCGCCGGCUGGGGCGUCCCGGGCUGCGCCGGGAGAUGAAGUACCUGAAGCCGUGGUGGUCGGACGGCGGCGGCCUCCUGCACCUCACCGUCCUGUUGAGCUUGGCGGGGCUCCACCUGGACCUGGACCUGGAUCUCUACCUGCUGCUCCCGCCGCUACGGGAUGAGCUGCUGCUUUGGGGCGGCCAGACCAGCCCCGCCUACGCGCUCAGCCCCUUCCCGGCCUCAGGAGGGUGGGGACGCGCGGACCCCCUGCACCCCAAAGGACGGGGGCCGGACCCCGCGGCCGAGCCCGAGGGCCAGCUGCUCCGGGAGGUGCGCACGCUGGGGGUCCCUUUCAUCCCCCGCACCCACGUGGAUGCGUGGCUGGUGCACAGCGUGGUGGCCGGGGACACCGACGGGGCGCACGGGCUGCUCGGCGCCGCCGCAGCCUCGUCGGCCGGAGGAGUCGGCGCCAGCGCGGACGGCGGCGGCCAGGCUGCGCUGGGGGGCGGCGGGGACCCCCGAGCGGCUCCGAGUAGCCCCCUGGCCGCUGGGGAGGAGGAGAAGGCACCCGCGGAACCCACGGCUCAGGUGCCGGACGCCAGCGGACGCGCGAGCCAGGAGAAUGAGGUAUUAAGAGCUACGGGUCACAGUUCCCAGCAGGAGGACAAUGAGCAAAGUGUGUCAGCCCAGAAGGACAAAUCGCUACAGCAGCAGGGUGAAGAUGAAACUAAAACAGCAGAUACGCCCGAGUGGGAGGCAGAAAAGACCACUGACACUAGGAAUGAGAGGUAUCUAAAUGAGACUGACACAUCUCUCUCUCUGGAAGACUUACUUCAGUUGCUUUCAUCACAGCCUGAAAAUUCAAUGGAGGGCAUCUCCCUGGGAGAUAUUCCUCUUCUCUCAGGAAGUAUCAAUGAUGGCAUGAAUUCUUCAGCAUACUACAAUGUGAAUUUUAGCCAGGCUGUAAGUCAUGAUGUCAAUCUCCAUGAGGCCAUGUUGCUAUGUCCAGACAAUACAUUUAGAAGAGACCCAGUAGGAAGGACUUCACAGCCACAGGAACCAUUUCUGCAGUUAAAUUCUCACACCACCAACCCUGCACAGACCCUUCCUGGAACUAAUUUGACAGGAUUUCUUCCACCUGUUGACCAUCAGAUAAGGAAUCUAACAAGCCACGACCUUCUAUAUGACCUUGAUAUAAAUAUAUUUGAUGAGAUAAAUUCAAUGUCUUUGGCGACAGGUUUUGAUGCAAUGGAGGUUUCUCACCUUUUUGGAGAACCCGAUUCUGAUUCUGGGCUUUCCUUAAAUUCAAGCCAUAAUAGCACCUCUGUCACCAAUCCUAAUUCCUGUGUUUGUGACAGUGCUAUAGGUUCUAGUAGUGACCUUGAAUCUCUUUCCCACCAUGCUUUAGAAGGGGCUGUAGGCGGCUACUACCCAGAGCCCAGUAAGAUCCGUCACAUUGAUCUUAGUAGUGAUUCUACUUUCCACGGGGACCUUGCAUUUCAACACAUAUUCCAUAACCACACUUACCACUUACAGUCAAGUGUACCAGAAUCCGCUUCUGACUUUUUAUGGCCUGGGAAGUCACAGAAAAUAAAAAGCAGGUACCUGAAUGACACAGACAGAAACUUAAGCCGUGAUGAACGCCGUGCUAAAGCUCUGCACAUCCCUUUUUCUGUAGAUGAAAUUGUCCACAUGCCUGUUGAUUCUUUCAAUAGUAUGCUAAGCAGGUACUACCUGACAGAUUUACAAGUGUCACUCAUCCGUGAUAUCAGACGAAGAGGGAAAAAUAAAGUUGCCGCUCAGAACUGUCGAAAGCGCAAACUGGACAUAAUUUUGAAUCUAGAAGAUGAUGUAUGUAACUUGCAAGCGAAGAAGGAAACCCUCAAGAGCGAGCGAGCCCAGUGUAACAAAGCCAUUAAUAUCAUGAAACAGAAACUGCACGACCUUUAUCAUGAUAUUCUUAGCAGGUUAAGAGAUGAUGAAGGUCGGCCCGUCAAUCCAAACCAAUAUGCUCUUCAAUGCAGCCAUGACGGAAGUAUUUUGAUUGUACCCAAGGAACUGAUGACCUCAGGCUACACAAAGGAAACUCAAAAGGGAAAGAGAAAAAGUGAGAGAAGAAAUUGAAAAUAGACUGAUUCCAUUAAUAUGUAUAAAGUAGUAAUAAUGCUAUAUAGAUCACAAACCUUUGAAACUGCUUCAAGGUUUGCUCAAGCAUCUUUUAAGCACUGUUACUUGAAUCACUUAAGGCUACAUUCUGAAGCUUAUAUGGACAAGUUUAGGACUUCAAGAGCAGACGUGGGAAAUCUGGGAAAGCCUCUUCUCCCCGUCAAGUCCUCCUAUGUUAUGUGCACAAUUCAUAAAUAUGUACAGAGUAGGUGACAAAACCUUGCUAGGACUAUCUACUCACUUUGGUAGCCAUUUUCUAGUAAUAUGGUCACUUUAAACAUUAACACUGGGUGUAAUUAUUUUAAAAUGUAUUUUAGUUUUUAACUUGAAGUGCAAAGUAGCCUUAACAUUCUCAUUUAGUUAGCACUGAAGUAUAAUGAACUUUUCAAAAGCUAUUUUAUUAAUACUUAAAUUGUAACUUUUUCUCUGUGGAAAUGAA